AUGUCCCACAAUGGCUCAGAGAUAUCUGGUCAGGUUUCUGUCCCUCUAGAUAGAAUCACAGGACCCGAGGUAUGCAAUGCACUAAUUACGCUUGCCAGUAACUAUACUGACGAUCUUGUCCAGGAAGCCGAUGACAUCGGUCAAGACUUUGAUUCUUCGACACAAAACCUGAGCCGUCCUUCAACACAAGAUUCGAACACUCCCCCACCCAAGACUCUUCAUGCUUCAGAACCCCCCAAGAAAGUCUGCAAGCCUGGCAUAUUGUCAGUUCUAGCACAUUUGGCCCUCUUCCAUCUACCUUCAGUCGCGAUCACUUUGACGCUUGUUGCAUUGUAUAGCGUCAACUUUUGCUGGGGGGAUGUCAGUGAUGAGCAAUUGAGCUACCUGCAGUUUGCUGCAAAGGGCCAUGAAACACUUAUCAUCGUAUCUUUAGCAGAUAUCUUGAUGCAUCGGAUACGAUAUACUCUGCUACAAGACAGAAAUGGUGUUCCGCUCGGCUUCCUCUCAUCAUCGUUCCUUAUAGGCUCUCCUAUUUCCUACUUCUUUAGCUUGGAAUUAUGGACACCGUUGUUACGGCCUCGUACAAAGGCCAAGCGCGCCAGCAUAUGCAUACAAUUCACCGGUAUCCUUAUCAUCAUAUGUAUCAUAAUCUCGGUUGCAGCCGUACCUCUUUCUGCCAUCGCAAUAAUUCCAAGAAGCAAGUUAUGGCACAUCCACGCGCCCAAGGAAGCAGAAAGAAACAUUCCCUUUCUACACGGGCCAUUAUGGGAGACAAAUCUCAGACCUACGUAUGCGUAUCAAUACUGGACCCAGGAUUCUAUGGAUGAUGCUCUGAACAGACUUGUCAGUGUAUUUGUCGAUGCGCAAGAGAACAAUACCCAGCAAAUUACCAAUGUCUCGUUCUUCUACGGCGAACGAACUAUUUCGAAUGCUCUGCUAUAUGUUUAUGGCCCAGACGGCGCGGAACAAUCGCUGGCGGUUGCAACGACUCCAAUGGGGCCUCUAUCAGGGAGUCAUGAUGGUUGGAGGGACAAACCCAAGAAUGUAUUCACAAAACCUCGACAGAAAGUCCUAGGUGACCGUUUUGGACCAGAAUGGGAUACAAGGGUAAACUUGACAGCAGCAGAGAAGUGGAAGGAGUUUCGACGAGAACCAACAAGUCGAUGGAAGCAGCCGAUCGUUGCUGUUGAGUGUUCACAGAACGAAACAACAACGGACACAGCAACAUUUAUAUUCAAUUCCAACAUUACUGACAACAAAUUGGUCCUGAAAGCUGAAGAUAAAAAUCACACCAGGGCAUUCCUCAAUAGUGGGAUAGAGAGCAACGGGAGGUUGCCGCUUCCUGAGAGGCAACAGCGUAGCUCAACGCUAGAUGUUCCUCGUUUCAAUACCGGUUUCCUGGAUCUAACAGACAAUCGUACCAGCGCAGCAAUAUUAUUCAAUCAAUGGGCCGAACCUAACUGGGUCUCCCUUUCACUAUGUCGAAUAUACUCCCGAUGGGUCGAAGCUGAUACAUGGUUGGAGCACGGCGAAUCUGUCUAUCGAACCCAGCUCGACGCCUCCUUAUUGGAUAUCGAAGCCCAUUUUGGAAGCUCUACUAGGGCUGACAAUCUCAACAAUAUGAGCAAACAUUGGCUCAAUGCUACAAGUAGGUGGGGAUUGAACACAGAAUACUCACCACAUCAGUACAUCUAUGAAUUUUGUCGUAUGCAGUUGACAAACGCUUGUCUUGCUGUUUCUCUGGCAACAUAUUUGGCACACACAUUAUCACUUACAAAUGCGAGUUAUUACAAUAUACGGUCACCGUCCUCGCUUGAUCGAAAACCAACCUCGGGUGAUUCUGUCGUUCUCUGGGAAUACUUUGUUGGCGGGUACGGCUACGACUGGAAAAGCAGCCGCACAAUCCCUUUUGCGUUCUCAGUUCUGCUCCUUCAUGUUCUGAUUGUGUUCAUUCACACGGCUAUAGUGCUGUGGUCUCGUCAUCCGUGGCACAGCUCGAGCUGGGGUAGCUUUGGACAGAUGGUUGUUUUGGCGCUUCGCUCGAGAGCUUUAGAUGGGUUAGGCAGUGUCGGUGCAGGCGUCUCGAGUUCUCAGACUUGGAGUACGCCUGUGUCAGUCAGAGUGGUUGAUAGUGAACAUCGUUUGGAAAUGGUAGUUCAGACCGAAAAGGAGGGUCAUUCACAAUAUCAGGAAAUUGAUAGGGAGGCUGAAGAAGAAUGGUUCGAUAGGGGCCCAUCUUUGGUACAGCCUGGAGUCAAGUAUCAUUGA